UUCCAGAACCAGGUCCAGGAUCAGUUCCAGGAUCAGGUCCAGGAUCAGGUCCAGGAUCAGGUCCAGGAUCAGUUCCAGAACCAGGUCCAGGAUCAGUUCCAGAACCAGGUCCAGGAUCAGUUCCAGAACCAGGUCCAGGAUCAGUUCCAGAAUCAGUUCCAGGAUCAGUUCCAGAACCAGGUCCAGGAUCAGUUCCAGAAUCAGUUCCAGGAUCAGUUCCAGAACCAGGUCCAGGAUCAGGUCCAGGAUCAGUUCCAGAACCAGGUCCAGAAUCAGAACCCGGUCCAGGAUCAGUUCCAGAACCAGGUCCAGGAUCAGUUCCAGGAUCCAGAAACCCUCUGUCCGCUAGGCGCCUCAAACUGGGACGUUUACACCAAAGGAGAACCUUUCACCAUCAUGGAGGAUUCAUGGAAUACCCCAACACUGGAGAGGGUCCAGAAUCAGAACCAGGUCCAGGAUCAGAGCCAGACCCAGAACCAGGUCCAGGAUCAGAGCCAGGCCCAGAACCAGGUCCAGGACGUCCCCAUGAGUCCGGAUUACACGCCCAAACCAGACUGGCUGGCCCUCAGGAGCCCAGACUUCCAUCAGGAACCUCGGGGGGGUUCUGACCUGGACGUUUUCCUGAGUCCUCACAUUAAGAGGAUUGCCGACGUUCCCAUGAGCCCGGAGGCGUCUUUACUGCACGAUGAAUCCAUGACGAGCCCCGACAGGACGCAGGGGAACCUGGUCUCAGAUCCCUGGGACGAUGACCUGAUCAAAGGGUUACUUUUCUCGCUCAACCCCCGUCUCACAUCUCACCCUCGCUGCCUCACAUGGCAGUGCAACGUUCCCAACAUCUCCCCAAAAACCACCAUCAGCAUGGGUGAGCAUCCACUAAUACUGAUCUACACGUUUAAUAUAUACUAA